CCAAGCCCAAGCCCAGGCCCGGCAACCACAGAAGUGUCCUCGCUGUGACUCCAUGAACACAAAGUUCUGUUACUACAACAACUACAGCUUGACACAGCCUCGUUACUUUUGCAAGACAUGCAGAAGGUACUGGACCCAAGGUGGGGCCCUCAGGAACGUUCCUGUUGGCGGUGGUUCCCGUAAAGCUAAGCGCGCUAGAAACUCUUCCACCGCCGGCGCUGUUGCCGGGAAUGCUUCCCGUCCCCGUCCCCUGCCUCAGCAGCCACCACAGGAGGUGGUGGUCCAAACACAGCAGCCGGUGGUGGCUAAGGAGCCUUCUGCAGCUGUAGCUCCGGUGGUGGCUCCGUUUUAUCAAGGUGGUGUUGGUGGAGGUGGCGGUGGAUAUUUGGCUGCUCUGAACCCGUCACUCCCUUUUGAUCAGUCUGUGAAUGUUGGGGGUGAUGCUGUGCAUUCUUAUGUGGGUCUUCUCUCAGGUUUUGAUGUUGCUGCUCCUCCUCUUGGCUUUCAAAGCCAGAGCUACUUUCAUCCGUCGCUGUUCUAUCCACCUGUUACCGGAGGAAGUGGCGUGGCGGCGUCGACUCUGUUUAACUCUCAACAAGGUUUGGUUCAAUCCACCAUGGCUAAUGUUACCUCUGCUUCUCACCAUGGCUGGUCUCACCAGCCUCAGAACUUGAGCUUCAUGAAUAAUGCAGGUAGCAGGGCUUCUUCUGAUGCAGCUAUGUGGAGCACUUUCACUCCCAAUGUUGGUGCUGGAAACUCAUCUGUUGCUGGUGGUGGUGGCGCUGGUAUUGGUGGUGGUUCUUUCUCUGUUGUUCCAGAUGAGUGGCCUGAUGUGGUGCCAGGGUAUGAUGCUCCUCCUCCACCUCCUCCUUUGAACUGAGCUGAGCUGUUGCACCUGAAA